UAUGCAAAUUUCAUUGAAAAUUCUUACGGUGGCAGGAUGUCGGCCACCAGUUUCCUGGACCUCAUUGGGCAAACAAACAAUAUACAACACAUACACAAUUUUCGUAAGUUUACUACUGUUCACCUUUAUGUUGCCGCAACUCAUGGAUAUCAUCUUGAAUGCCGACAAUCCUAAUGAUUUCACGAAUACUCUUUAUGUAAUGAUGGCUCUGACGAACGCUUGCUGUAAGAUGGUCAGUCUGGUUAUGAAUCGCAAAAACAUCGAAAUAUUAAUCGAGAAAUUAAUUGAGAAACCAUUUAGACCAUUGGAAUCGGAUGAGAUUGAAAUCCGACAGAAAUUUGACAACAUUAUACAGGCUAAUACUAUAAUCUACGCUGUUAUGAUCGAGGUAACAUGCGGGUACAUGACUGUAACAUCCUUAUUCACGGACUUCCGGAGAGGAGAGUUAGCAUACAGGGAAUGGAUACCAUAUGAGUAUUCAUCUGGCAUAAUGUAUUAUAUUAUUUACUUCCGUCAAUUAAUAAGCUUGACAGCUGCAUCCGUCGUAAACGUUGCCUGCGAUUGUCUGAUCUGCGGAUUGCUGCUGCAUAUUUAUUGUCAGAUCGAGAUCUUGGAGUGUCGAUUGAAGAAAUGCUUGCGUGAUGGAGGAAACUUGGGUGAAUGUGUAUAUCAACACAACCGUAUUUAUGAAUUUGCAUAUAUAGUAAAUGAAAAGUUCAGAACUAUAAUUGCUGUUCAGUUCUCAAUAAGCAUGCUGGUGAUGUGCUCCAAUUUAUAUCAAUUGGCGAAGAAUACCUUAAGUGCGGAAUAUAUUCCAAUGAUAGCGUACACAAUCUGUAUGACUAUACAAAUUUUUAUUUAUUGUUGGUACGGGAAUGAAAUAAAACUAAAGAGCAAUCAAUUAACCGAUGAGAUUUUCGGAAUGGACUGGAUAAAUGUCGACAAGAAAAUGAAAGAGAACCUUAUAAUGAUUAUGAAUCGUUCUCUGAAGCCAAUUGAAUUUUCUAGCGCAUAUAUUUUUACAGUAAAUUUAGACUCUUUUGUAAAGUUGCUCAAGACAUCGUAUUCGGCAUAUAGUAUACUUCAACAAAUAUAAAAAAAUAAUAAU